AUGCGCCGAAGAAUCACUUUUGUCCAGCGCUCCGAAGCUCCCUUUGAGCAGGAUCAAGCCGCCUUAACCCCCGACGCCCUCUCUGUCACCAACCUAGAUGCCGUCCGUGAGGAACGGGCCACUUUCAGCUUUGAGGAGCUUCCAUCAGAGCUCUCGCAGGUCUUGAAAGAAUGCCACCAGCUCCAUAUCCGAUGGGCCACGGAACGACCUUAUGACACCAUCGCCCCUUUCUCGAGUCGCGUCUCGCCCGGUCUACAUGUGUUCUUUACACCGGGUACUCCUCAUCAACCGACGGAAGCUUUGUGUCCGUUGUUAAAGAAGGUUUUUGGGGAGGAAGUGGAUUGUUCUAGUCCUGAGGUUUCGUUUACGACUCCCCCUAUCCUCUCGACGCGAUUCGCUUCCACCGCCUCUUUUCAGUUCCAUUCGCUUCUUCCUUCGCCGGAUACUCUUGUGAAGUUUAUUCAGCAGACGAUUUGUGGUCGAUCGGAUGAAGGGUGUCAGAAUCAGGGUGCUUCGAUAUUGUCUGCCGACUCGAUUGAUAUCAACUACGAUAGUAUCUCCCAUGCUUUGACGGUAUCUGGGCUUUGGUCGAAAGUACCCGAGAAGGGAUGGACAGAGAAGAUUGGAAAGGAUGAUGCAGGUGCAGAUAAAGUGGAGGUUGGUCUCUUGGGGGCUGAGAGGUCGCAUGAUCUGGAGGAGAUCAAAAUGGGUGGACUGUUGGGGGUUGUAGGGAGUGAUGAGAAGCUGAGUCCCACUCUAUUUUCAUUUCCGUCACGACACCACCCUCUUCCUGAUGAUGCGGUUUAUACUGUUUCUUUCCCCUCUCCGGCUGGGUUACACCCGACUAUGACCAUAUCCAUGCCAAGGUCGUCGCUGAAGCCUCCACCCGCACCGGAGGAUGCGACCUGCGCGCUUCACACCUAUCUCACUCUUCCUUCUUCUAUCUUCGGCGACAAGUAUCAGCUUUCUACAUCAGACCAGCUGUUCUUACAAUCGCACAACCUUGUCGCUCUCCGUGCAGUAUCAGGGGAGACAGAUCUUGAGGCACCAGAUUGGGUCGUGCCCCAAUGGGGCUCCAACUGGCUACUCGAAGUGGCCAGUCCUUCCGAGUCUGAUCAAGGCACAGAUAACUGGAACGUCACGGUUCCCCUUCAUUUACGAUACCUGCCGCCCUCCGAGUCUGGGUACCGUACAGCCGAAGUACCAUGGCCGGUCGUCUUCUGGGCCUGUACGGCUGAAGAAGGAACCAAGAUGAGUAUCAAUCCCUUUGAUAGAGUGAAUCUUGGAUGGGUGGGUCUUUUUGGCCCUCGCACCAUGUUCUAUCAAUUACACCCUGCGCCAAGUGGAGAUGCUGCAUCUCAAUCCAGACUGGUGGAGGAGUUGGAUGUGCCUGUUCUUCCAUUGAACGACGGUGGCCUCUUCCAUGGGAGAGUGAUCGAGCUGGGCACUGUGGCUGUCAUUGUGCUUGGAUCGCUGUGGGUGUUGUGGAAACUCGGCUUGGUGGCGCGGUCUUCUGGGACAGGUGCCCAGAAGAAAGACAAGCAAGGCAAGGAUAAAUAA